GAUAUGUUCCUCCUCCGCUGGAGGACUCAAAGCGGCGCCCCGGCUGGCUGCCUGCUCGCGGCGGAGAGGAAGAUGGCCGCGGCUGAGGGGAUUUUCAGGCCAGCGUCUGGAAGCAGCAGCAGGGCGUCUUUCGUCAUGUUCGACUAGUGUCGCCGCCGCGGUUCCGUCGGUCCUAACGCGGGCCAUGGGCUCCCAGACUCUCCAGAUCCUCAGGCAGGGGGUUUGGGCUUCAAUCACCGGCGGAUGGUACUACGACCCCGACCAGAAUACGUUCGUCAACGCGCUCCAUCUUUACAUCUGGCUCUUCUUGCUAUGUUUCCCCUUCACGCUUUACAUGGCUUUGCCGUCCACCAUGGUGAUCGUGGGAAUCUACUGCGGCGUGAUCGCCGCCAUGUUCCUGCUGCUCAAGACGGUCAACUACCGACUCCACCACGCCCUGGACGAGGGCGAGGUGGUGGAGCUCCAGGCCAAAAAGUCGCAGGAUGGCAGAGGCGGUGCCGAGGUGCCAAACAACGGCAAUGGAGGCGGUGGAACCCGUCACCAGGACAGCAGCGGCCCAGGGGACCCUGGCGGGGGGAUGGAGAUGGCGGACUUCAUCAGGCAAGAGACUCCGCCGGUGGACUGCAGUUCAAGGAAUUCUUACAUUGGAAUAGAGUCUAACCAGCAGAUGCUGUCCACUCUGGGGAGAGCAACAGGAGCCAAAGAAGCGGGAAAGACAUCAGAUGACAUCAGCUUGACUCUGGUGGAGAGCUGUAGUCACGACCACGAUCUGCUCUCGGACACAAAGAUGUACUGCCUCGUUCCGAACGACUCCUUUGCCUCCCUGCAACCCUCCACCUCCUUGUGUCCUUCCGAGCUGUCCAGGGAAGCCGCAGACCUCUGCGCCUCGGGUGCUUAUCACUACAGCCUGUCCUCCUGCGACACAGAGACCACCCUUCACACGUCCACACAGUCGCAGACCUUCAGGAAAGAGCCUCGUUCGCGGGGCUUGCCUCGGACCUCCAGCUCGGCAGGGUCCGCCUUCCCCGAUCCAGGUCUGCCGGACUUCACUCUCUAUCCGCAGCCCCGAAGGGGUGGCCUUGACACUGUGUGCGAGCUGGAGGCUGCGAGGCCACACAGGCUGGGGCUGUGCGACAGGGAGGCAACCGAGCGUCUCUACCAGCAGGACCAAGCAGUGGCCUCCACCUCGGGAAUAGUAUGUUCGAGACAUAAAGACACACACAGGGUAGCUCGCUCCGUUUCCAGGGAAGCUGGGGAGGGCAGCUCAGGUCUGUACCAAGUGGAAAUAGCAGGUGGAAGUGGGAAAUGCUCCUCUGCGGGAGGCAAAUCCCGCCGGGGGGAGCGCAGUGCCGAAAGCCUGCGCAGCCUGAGUACUCGCAGCAGCGGCUCCACCGAGAGCUACUGCAGCGGCACGGACCGGGACACCAACAGCACUGUCAGCAGCUUCCACAGCGAGCAGACCAGCUCGACACAUGUGGAGAGCCUGCUCUCGCUCUCAGGUGACGAGCGCGCACGGGACAAAGGGGACAUGGGGUCCACUCACACGGACGGCAGGACUUCAAUCGCGGGCGGCUCACGAGGCGUGAGUAACCUUCCAUCUAGGGAGGCCAACAAGAACCCUCACGCCAACGAGCUGACUGUUAACCAGCAGGCGGACAGCGUUUUGUCUACAGAUCGGGACCUCCUUGAGUCCAGUAGAGGUAUAGAAGAGCCGGGCACCAGAACCAGUGCUGAUGGCUCAACUGGAGAGACCAUGGCACAGCAGGGGGAUGUGAAAGACCACAUAGAAUUAAAGUCGGCCAACCUUGUUCACAGGACUUGCUCUCUGUCGACUGGCCGCAGUGAACGCAGGCGAACGGGCAAGAAAAGGGCAAGCAGCUUCGACGCCAGCCGCCACCGGGACCACAUGUCCAUGCGCGGACUGGCCAAGCCUUGUAGCGCUGUGUUUACUGGGGGUGGAGAGGAGGACUCCAGCGAUCAGAGUGAACUCAGCUGUGCCUCUAGUCUCCGCUCCGCCCACCAUCUGAGCACGGACAGCUCGUCCAGUGCCACCUCGCGGUCUUGCCACUCACCAGAGGGGCGCUACCGGGCUCUCAAAACCAAGCACACUGCAACCAGCGCCGCCUCGUCGUCUUCUGUGUUAAAAUCCGCGGCAGCAGCUUCGGAGGCGGUAGCACGCCCCGGAGGAAGGCGACGCGCCUCCCGGCGUACCCUCGGCGCGGGCAGCACCAAAACGCACGCCCGGGUGUUGAGUUUGGACAGUGGUACCGCCGCCUGCCUUAACGACCCCACUCGCCUUGGAGCUCCUAUCGGGCCCCGGCCGCUCACCACCUCCAAGUCGGACCUGGAAGCCAAAGAAGGGGAGGUCCUGGACGCGGCAUCCCUCCUGGGUCGGGCCUCCCAGCUGGAGUCGGUGACCCGCUCCAGGAACAGUCUGCCCAGCCAGGCCGUGUUCUCAGAGCCUCAGGACGCCACUGCUGCUUGCCUGCGGGCCCCGGGCGGCGAGGAGACGGUGGUAUUUCGGCGUGAACGUAGCACGUUUCGCCGGCAGGCGGUGCGGCGGCGGCACAACGCCGGGAGUAACCCCACGCCGCCCUCCUCCCUCAUUGGAUCUCCUCUCAGUCUUCAGGAGGCCCUAAGCCAGGCCUCCCAGUCUUGCGCUUCCCAGGUGAAAAGUCAGCCAUCUCGAACCUCGUCCCAGGUGACAGUGCUGAGCACGAGCGCCUCCCUGCUGGCCAGGAACGGAAGCACGCACCUGGACGGCUCUCAGGACAAGGCCUCGACUGUCGGCGCCACCAGCUUGCAGGACGACCUCGGAAAACUCACGCCCUCCUUGUACGAGGCUGCCGGCUGCGACAUGUCCCUGGUCAAUUUCGAGCCCGCGACCAGACGAGCCUCCAAUAACAUUUGGGACACUGACUCCCACCUCUCCAGUUCUACCUCAGUUCGUUUCUACCCUCAUGACCUGCUCUCCCUCCCUCAGAUCCGCCUGAACCGCCUCCUGACUAUGGACCCAGAGCUUCUGGAGCAGCAGGAUGCUGACCUGAGCCCGGAGCUACAGGAUGCGCCGCUGGGCCAGGGUGACGCAGCGGCCCACGUGGCCGCUGGCAAAGCCAAGCAGUAUUACCGCCUGUGGCUCAUGCCUUACCUGUGGGUUGGCCUGCACUUUGAUCGGCUCACGCUGCUGGCGCUGUUUGACCGGAACCGAGAGGUUCUGGAGAACGUGCUGGCCGUGGUGCUCGCAGUUUUGGUGGCCUUUCUAGGCUCAGUGUUGCUGGUUCACGACUUCUUCACCGACAUCUGGGUCUUUCAGUUCUGCCUCGUCAUCGCAAGCUGCCAGUAUUCUUUACUGAAGAGCGUCCAACCAGACUCCUCCUCUCCUCGACAUGGCCACAACCGCAUCAUAGCGUACAGCCGGCCCGUCUACUUCUGCCUGUGCUGCGGCUUCAUCUGGCUGCUCCACUACACCAGCCUGAGGACGAGCUCUUCACGCUUCACGCUGUACGGCGUCGCGCUCACCAGCUCGCUCGUCCUCGCCUCUGCAAGGGACCUCGUCAUAAUCUUCACGCUGUGUUUCCCCAUCAUCUUCUUCGUGGGCCUGCUGCCGCAGGUCAACACAUUUGUCAUGUAUCUCUUUGAACAGCUGGACAUGCACAUCUUUGGGGGCAACGCCUCCACAAGCCUACUGUCGGCGCUCUACAGCUUUCUUCGCAGCGUGGUCACCGUCGCGCUGCUGUACGGUUUCUGCUAUGGCGCCCUGAAGGAGACCUGGGAGCCUCACCACAUCCCCGUGCUCUUCUCGGUCUUCUGCGGCCUCUUGGUGGCAGUAUCGUACCACCUGAGCCGGCAGAGCAGCGACCCGUCUGUCCUCAUCUCCCUGAUACAGUCAAAGAUUUUGCCCAAUUUGAGAGACAGCAACCCAGAAGACCCUCUGUCAGAAGUCCAGGACCCUCUGCCUGAGAAGCUGAGGGCCUCGGUGAACGAGCGUCUGCAGUCCGACCUGAUCGUCUGCGUGGUCAUCGCUGUGCUUUAUUUCGCCAUCCAUGUCAGCACCGUCUUCAUUGCCCUGCAGCCUUUCCUGAGCUACGUGCUGUAUGCUUUGCUGGGGACGGUGGGCCUGCUCACACACUACCUGCUGCCUCAAGUGCGCAAGCAGCUUCCCUGGUACUGCUUCUCGCACCCAUUGCUCAAAACCAAGGAGUACUAUCAGUUUGAAGUCAGGGAUGCGGCUCACGUGAUGUGGUUUGAGAAGCUUCACGUAUGGCUGCUCUUCAUCGAGCGGAACAUCCUUUAUCCGCUCGUCAUCCUUAACGAGCUGAGUGGCAGCGCCAGAGAACUCGCCAGUCCAAAGAGACUGGACACAGAGGUGGGUGCGCUGAUGAUCACUGUGGCGGGCCUGAAGCUGUUGCGCUCGUGCUACAGCAGCCCCACCUAUCAGUACGUGACCAUCCUCUUCACCGUGCUCUUCUUCACCUUUGACUACCGCCAUCUGUCAGAGACGCUGCUACUUGACCUUUUCCUCAUGUCCAUUGUCUUCAGCAAGCUAUGGGAGCUGUUCUACAAGCUGCACUUUGUCUACACUUACAUCGCGCCCUGGCAGAUCACAUGGGGCUCAGCCUUCCACGCCUUCGCUCAGCCCUUCGCCGUGCCUCACUCGGCCAUGCUUUUUGUCCAAACGUUAGUGUCAGCGAUCUUCUCCACCCCCCUCAACCCCUUCCUAGGCAGCGCCAUUUUCAUCACAUCCUACAUGCGACCUGUCAAGUUCUGGGAGCGGGACUACAACACCAAAAGAGUGGAUCACUCCAACACCCGGCUGGCCUCACAGCUGGACAGAAAUCCAGGCUCUGAUGACAACAACCUCAACUCCAUCUUCUAUGAGCACCUGACGCGCUCGUUGCAACACAGCUUGUGCGGUGACCUGCUGCUGGGCCGCUGGGGCAACUUCAGCACCGGCGACUGCUUCAUCCUGGCCUCCGACUACCUCAACGCCCUGGUGCACCUGGUAGAGAUCGGCAACGGCCUGGUGACCUUCCAGCUCAGAGGGUUGGAGUUCAGAGGCACCUACUGCCAGCAGAGGGAGGUGGAGGCCAUCACCGAGGGUGUGGAAGAGGACGAGGGCUGCUGCUGCUGCGAGCCGGGCCACCUUCCGCACAUCCUGUCCUUCAACGCCGCCUUCGGCCAACGCUGGCUGGCGUGGGAGGUGCUGGUCACCAAGUACGUGCUGGAGGGUUACAGCAUCACCGACAACAGCGCCGCCUCCAUGCUGCAGGUGUUCGACCUGCGCCGCAUCCUCACCACCUACUACGUCAAGGGUAUCAUCUACUACGUGAUUGCCUCGCCCAAACUGGAGGAGUGGCUGGCCAACGACACAAUGAAGGACGGCCUGCGAGCGUGCGGCGAGAGGAACUACGUGGACCUGGAUCCAACCUUUAACCCCAAUAUUGACGAGGACUACGACCAUCGGCUCGCCGGUAUCUCCAGGGACAGCUUCUGCAGUGUCUACCUGGGCUGGAUCCAGUACUGCAACUCUCGCAGAACCAAGCCUCUGGAGAGUGACAGAGACUCUCCUCUGGUACUGCUCUGCUUCGGCCUGUGUGUGCUGGGCAGGAGAGCGCUCGGAACAGCAGCUCACCACAUGUCCAGCAACCUGGAGUCGUUCCUCUACGGGCUUCACGCUUUGUUUAAAGGAGAUUUCCGCAUCUCUUCGGUGCGAGACGAGUGGAUCUUCGCAGACAUGGAGCUGCUCAAGAAAGUUGUGGUGCCUGGCAUACGAAUGUCCCUCAAACUCCACCAGGAUCACUUCACUUCCCCGGAUGAGUACGACGAACCGGCAGUCCUCUUCGAGGCCAUCUCCUCGCACCAGCAGAACCUGGUCAUCGCUCACGAAGGCGACCCGGCCUGGAGGAGCGCCGUGCUCUCCAACGCCCAGUCCCUCCUCGCCCUGCGCCACGUCCUGGAUGAGGGCACCAACGAGUACAAGAUCAUCAUGCUGAAUCGCCGUUACCUCAGCUUCAGAGUGAUCAAGGUCAACAAAGAAUGUGUCCGAGGUCUGUGGGCAGGCCAGCAGCAGGAGCUGGUCUUCCUCAGGAACAGGAACCCGGAGCGCGGCAGCAUCCAGAACGCCAAGCAGGCGCUGCGAAACAUGAUCAACUCGUCAUGCGACCAGCCCAUCGGCUAUCCCAUCUACGUGUCGCCGCUCACCACCUCCUACUGCAACUCGCACCCCCAGCUGGGCCACGUCCUGGGCGGGCCCAUCAGCAUCGCCAACAUCCGCAAUUUUGUCGUCAGCACCUGGCACAGAUUACGAAAAGGCUGCGGCGCCGGCUGCAACAGCGGAGGUAAUAUCGAGGAUUCUGACGCUGGCGGGCUCUCCUGUGGCAGCGGCAAUGGAAACGGCGCCGACUCGCAACAGAGCUCAAUGUCGCAGGGCGGGACUUCUGGCCCCGCCCCCUCGCACUCGUACCAUCCUCACGGUCUAGGCUCCAGCCAGAGUUCCCAAUCGGUCCAGUCCAGCCUAGUCCGCCACUCCCCCGCCCGAGCCUCCAUGGCCAGCCAGUCGUCGUCGUACCGCUACAGCAGCAGUCGCCACUCCUCGCUGCGCACGUCCGCCACAGGCCUGGAGCCCUGUCGUCGCUCCUCCACCAGCCAACUUUCCCUGCGCACUCUCCCCACCUCCCUGCAGCUGCGGCUGGGCUCCACAUCGGAUCCCGCCGGCCCCACCGCCUCCCUCUCCAGCCACAGCAUCCCACCUUGCAAGCGCCACACGCUGGUGGGCCUCCUAGGCAGCGACGGCUUGUGCGGCGUCGUGACGGAUCCCCUCAGCCAGCAGCAUCAUCACCACCACCAGCAGCAUCAUCAUUAUCCUCUCCACCCGCAGCAACACAACCCGGUGGUCUCCACCGUAAGGAGGGACGACAUCUCCUAUAGAGUGCAGAUUAUGGACCUGAGUCAAGUGCUGGAGAACAUCAACGUGUCCAAACGCAAAGAACUCCAGUGGCCUGACGAGACAGUAAGACUCAGGGCGGGGCGGACCUGCUGGAGGGACUGGAGCCCCCUACAGGGCAUGGAAGGACAUGUGAUUCACCGGUGGGUGCCUUGUAGCCGAGACCCAGCCAACCGCUCCCAUAUGGACAAGACCAUCCUGCUGGUACAGGUGGACGAUAAGCUAGUGCCCGUCGUGGAGACCGGGGUCAUUGAGUUGGGUGCGGAGGUUUGAGGUAAACAAAACAAAUAAAGUCAAGUGACAAGCACAGAAGGAGGCCAGACGUACCUCUGGAUUGACGGCAACAACAACAAAAAAAAGGAAACGCUCACCCCUUCACCUUGUUUUCUCCCACUGAGGGGGUAAAAAGGGGUGUGGGGUAAGCGAGCAGAGGCAGAGCGUACGUCACGACUCGCCACAGCAUCCUUUAGCGCAUCCUCCUCCCACACGAUCUGCCUUGCUUUGCCAAAAUGCUGCAUGACGCUUUCGUUACCUUCAUUUCUAUGCAUCCAUCCCAGUCACGAGAGCACGCGCGGACAUUUGUCUUUGUCGUGGAAUCAUUUGCCAAAAAAAAAAAAAAAAACCCAAGACGCCUGCUAUGUGACAUGUCGCGGAUUCAUACACUUUGGACCUUUUUUUGUUUUUAUUCCCGGCUGCCUCCGUGACAGUUUCAUGGACGUCCUUCCGCUCCACAUUUCAUCGUGUCGCGUUUAAAAUGAGACAAUAAGAACUUGCACUAUAUUUUUCUCUUAUUAUUUUACAGUGAUGCACUAUACAAUCACAACAUACAAUAAUAUCACACUCUUAUUUAUUCAUAUUAUUACUAUGAAUGGCCAUGGUUACUGAUGCCUUGGAAAUGAACAUUUAAGAAAUGCAAUCAUCUUUUUUUUUUUGGACUCUUUGCUGAACUUGAAAAUAACUUUUUACUGUAUAUGAUUAGAUCCAUAUAUAUAUUUACACAAAUAUAUAUAUAUAUGUCGGUGUAUAAAAUAUUUUGCUUUGGAUAUUUAUUACUGUGAACAUGGUAUUUACACUUUAUUACAAUAUUUUUCCUCCCUUCUGCUUUUGAGACGAAGUUUAAUGUAUUGAGUGAGGACCAGCGGUUGUAAAUGAGAUGCAGACUUUUUUUUAAUGGCUUGUUUAACUAUUUAACUUAAUUCCUUUUCUAUAUUGAGAGAAAUAAAAGUUUGAUUUAUUGCA